AAAUAUUCUAGUAAUACGGUAUGCACAAACUCACCAGAUUUUGAGAUGUCUUACAAUGUCUGAGCCUGAAAGAUGAUUGAAAGUUAUGGAUCCAAGCACUGGCCAUGAUGCAAAUGAUACAAAUGACGGAGGAAAGUAUCAAGGUUCAAGAGGGAAACCUAACUUUCUUUCUAGGUUGUUUUUCUUCUGGGUUGAUCCGCUGCUGUGGCUGGGGUUCAAGCGAACUCUCACACAAAAUGACCUGUAUGCUCACCCACCCGAAACAGAUUCCGAGAAACUGCUAGAAGAUUUCAACAGUCAUUGGAAGAAGGAAUUGUCUAAAGGAAGCAACAGUCUGGUAUUGGCUUUGGUGCGAUGCCUCUUUUGGCCUAUCGUGUUUCAAGGACUACUGGCUGUUUCAAAGGUAGCUUUGCUUGUCGGUCAGUCUGUUAUUAUUGGGUAUUUGACGGAUUACUUCAGUGUACCGAAUCCUACUGUGGAAGAGGAUAGAGAUGCCUACCUACUUGCAUUUGGUUUGGUAGCGUGUUCUCUAGCAGUUUUGUUGCUCCAUGCACACCAGUAUCUUGCUGCCUACAAGAUUGGAAUGAUGGCAAGAACCACAAUGACUGCUGCCAUCUAUCAAAAAGUGUUCUCACUCAGUCAAGUCACUAUUGGUAGGCUCUCCAUCGGUCAUAUCAUCAACCUCACUACCAAUGAUGUUCAGCGGUUCGAAAAUGCUUUUCUCCAUCCACACAUUAUCUGGAUGGCUCCAAUACAUUUGGCGGUCACCCUCUACCUGAUAUACCUAGAGCUAGGAUGGAGCUCAUUUGUCAUCAUGGCAUUCAUUCUCUUCCAAAUACCAAUGCAAAUUUCGCUGGCCAAACUCUUCUCAAGAUACAGGUUCAAGUCUGCUGUACUGACUGACAAACGUGUGCGAAUUAUGAACGAGAUUAUCACAGGAAUCAGAGUGAUCAAAAUGUAUGCUUGGGAGUACGCCUUCAAGAGAAUUGUGGACACUUUGAGAAGACUUGAAUCUCGACUUAUUCUCAAAGGAGGUAUAGUUAGGGCCUCCAACCUUGCCUUCAUGAUGAUGUCUGCUUCACUCAUGGCAUUUGUUGUGUUCUGUGUGUACACUGCCACCGGAGGUGACCUCACACCCAAAAAGGUGUUCACAACACUGUCCCUCAUCUAUGUCCUGAGACUGGUCACCAUACAUCAUCUCAUUCUGAAUGUCGUCGGCUUUUCAGAAGCCCAUGUCGCACUGACAAGAAUAAAGAGGUUUCUCUCCUUUAAAGAAGCUACAAAUAUUUGCGGUAUGGAAGAAAAGAAGACUUCUGGUCCCUCCAUCACUGUCCGAAAUUUGACAGCUGCUUGGGACUCAAACGAUGCCAAGGACGUCUUGAAAAACAUUAGCUUUGAUAUUGACAAUUCCCAGUCCCAGUCCCUGCUGUCUAUUGUUGGACCCGUAGGAGCAGGAAAGUCCACUCUCCUGCAAUGUUUGCUCGGCGAGCUCAUACCAAAAGAAAGGAGUAUAAAUAUUCGAGGAACGAUUUCCUACGCUGCACAAGAGCCGUGGCUUUUCUCUGAAACGCUUCGUGAGAACAUCUUGUUUGGAAAGCCUUAUAAUGCAGAGUGGUACAAUACAGUGGUCAAGGCUUGUGCUCUGAGCAAGGAUAUUCAGCAGCUUGCUCAGGGCGACCUGACUCUGGUUGGUGAGAGAGGUGUGACUCUGAGUGGGGGACAGAAGGCAAGAGUUAGUCUGGCCAGAGCAGUCUACCACCGGGCAGACAUCUACCUCCUUGACGACCCACUCAGUGCUGUCGAUGCAGCUGUUGCUAAGCACCUCUAUAAAGAGUGUAUUAGAGGGCUGCUGAAGAACUGUGUUGUCUUGCUGGUAACACAUCAAGUCCAGUUUGCUGUUAAGAGUGACAGGAUACUAGUUUUGAAUGAGGGUGUGGUUGAAGUGUGUAGUAGCAACGAAGAGUUACGCAAAAGAGGAAUCGACACAAGGGAACUGUUAGGACUGCUAGCAGCUGAUGACAAAGCAGGACCUAGUAGAGGCAAUCCUCCCAAUGAGCUGUACUCUCUGAGUAACUCCACUUCAAUGACCUCACUCCAAUCAACGUCUACUCAUGCUACUGAGGCUCAGGAAGAUGUCACCUCCAUGUUGCUGACUCCCGAAGAAACCUCUCACGGUUCUCUCUCACUAAAGACAUAUGUCCACUACUUCAGAGCAGGCGGAAGCAUACUGGCUAUUCUCAUCAUGAUGCUCCUGUUUGCAAUAGGAGAGGGCAGUGUGGUAGUGUCCGAUUGGUGGCUCUCAAAUUGGGCACAAUGCACAUCAGAAAAUCGGAGUGUCCUAGUUUAUGAUAAUUGGACUACUUGUUCCCUCGACGAUGACCAGAGAAGAGGGGUUUACGGAGCUCUCAUUGUCUCACUGAUUGGAUUCAACCUGCUUCGUGCAGUCAUGUGCUAUGCCAUUUGUGUCAACGCCUCUCGUGUGCUUCACAAUAGAAUGUUUGCUUCCGUGAUGAGAGUACCAGUUCUGUUUUUUGACACUAACCCGAUAGGAAGAAUUUUGAAUCGGUUUUCAAAGGAUAUCGGAUAUCUUGAUGAUCUUUUGCCAUAUAUUUUCUGUGAAUACCUUCUCUGGUUGUUUCGGUCACUGUCGACAUUGGUCACGUCUGUGGCUGCAAUCCCCUGGCUCAUAGUACCUUGUGCUCUGAUGUUGGGUUUCUUUUUUUUACUACGUUACUACUACAUAUGCUCGGCCAGGGAAGUGAAGAGACUGGAAGCUAUUGCACGAAGUCCUCUAUAUUCGCAUAUCUCGUCCACUCUGCAAGGACUUCUCACUAUUAAAACUUUCAAAAAAGAAGACCUUGCUAUGAGAAGCUUUCAUUCCUACCAAAACAGUCACACACAGGGCUACUACCUAUACCAUGUGCUCACCAGAUGGCUGGGUUUGAGAGCCGACAUUGUAUCGACUGCCUUUCUCGCAUUGUUUGCCUUCUCUGCCGUUGGUCUGUCUAGAGAAUUUGAUCCAACAUUACUUGGUCUGGCUUUGGUGUACUCUCUCGUAUUAAACAAUGUGUUGCAAUAUGUCAUCAGGCAAAGUGCUGAAGUAGAGAACAUCAUGAUCUCUGCCGAGCGAAUAUUGGGGUAUACGAAACUCAAAUCCGAAGCAUCCUUCGAGUCACCUCCUUCAUUUAAGGACACUGUUUCAGCAUGGCCCAAAAGAGCUCAGAUUUCAAUGAAAAACGUGUCUUUCCAGUACUCGCCUGAGUUGCCCCUAGUGUUGAAGGACCUUGAUCUCACGAUCCAACCAGGAGAGAAGGUUGGAAUUGUGGGAAGGACAGGAGCAGGAAAAUCCUCCCUCCUCUCAGUGCUCUAUCGACUGGCCGAGCCGUCCGGUGUCAUUACCAUCGAUGGUGUGGACAUACAGUCCAUUGGCUUACAUGACCUUCGUAACAAGAUGUCCAUAAUUCCUCAAGACCCUGUACUAUUCAGUGGGACAAUGCGCUACAACCUAGACCCUUUCAACGAGUUCUCAGACAAUGAGUUGUGGGAUGUGCUGGAGCAGGUACAGUUGAAGGGAGCAGUUGAGCAGCUGGAGGGACAGCUGGCUGGCGAGGUGUCUGAAGGAGGUAGCAACUUCAGUGCGGGGCAGAAGCAGCUCGUGUGUUUGGCCAGGGCACUGCUGAAGAAGAACAAGAUCCUGAUACUGGACGAGGCUACUGCUAAUGUGGACUUGAAAACUGAUGAGAUUAUUCAAGACACACUUCAUUCCAAUUUUGCUGAAUGCACAGUCAUCACUAUUGCUCAUCGGAUAAACACAGUCAUAGAUUCGGACAAAAUACUGGUGCUGGAAAGUGGGGAAGUGAAAGAAUUUGGAAGGCCUCGUGACCUACUUCAAGACAAAACCUCUUUGUUUUCUGAGAUGGUGGAAGCUACAGGCAGAGCGACAUCUAUCAAGCUAUGCCAGUUAGCAAUGGAGGACAAAAUUGAUGAACCAAUUGUUUAUUGCAGCAGCCUCUAGUACAACGCAUGUUUGAUUAUUGUGGUUUGUACAAACUAUUUUGUUACAGUAGAUUUACCAAGGGGGAUUUUUUUGUGGAACGUGUGCAUGCUUAUAUAGAUGUUGUGCG